UUCACAAUGCUGUUCAUUUAAUACCGUACUAGUACAUAUUGUACGUGGGAACAGGUAAGUUACUGCGUGUUCUUACUACACAGAUCAUGAUUUUUUUUUUCAAUCUCGAUUUCGCAGUUUCGCUAGUAGCACUGCUGUGCCACCAUGCGACUCGGAGUCGCGGAGGGCUGAUUGGCUGAUGGGCCGCCCUAGCCCAAGUUAACACAGUAAAGCGCCAAUUUUACGUCAACUUGAGAAACAAACUCUCGUCGCACCCGUUACGAACUGUGCUUUAUUUUCAGAUUUGACAGUGAAAUGGAUAAUCUGUGGACCAACUGUGAAUCGCUAGCUGGUGGGACCUACCUGAACACUCAGGUUGACAGUCUUUCCGAACGCAGUUCAACACUCAUAAAGCCUCUUCAUCUUGCUCUUGGGCUUCUUUUUGACGGACUCCACGAUGAUGCGGACUCAAGGUUGUACACUACCGACCCUGAAUUGCCCAGGUCUCUUCAAUUACCUCUGUUCUGGACCGCUGUUUCCCAGGCCUCGAGCAUUCCUGACGAUAUUGGCUCGCAUCUUCGCGAGGCGACUUUCAAGCCACAUAGCGAGCGGCUCCUGCAGCAGUGUAUUGGCCAAGCGCUAUGGCAAAAGCUGAAGAGGGAGCAAGACUUAGAAAACAGAGCUUCUUCAGAUACAAAUCAUAUUCUAAAUCGAGCUACCACAGGUACCGAGAUCAUUUUAAAGCGGGCGAGGGAAAUUUGCGAUGAAUAUGGCAGUGAGCGUAUCGCUCUGCACCACAUUCUGCUGGCGCUCCUUGAGUACAAGGAGCUCCAGGUCAUUCUUGAGCAAUGGCCAAGCCUACACACCAAAAGGCUUCCUGAUAUCGUUCGCCGUCUCAGACCCAUAACCAUUCGCAGCUAUGAUACUCGAUUGUUCCCCGUCUUAAACCAAUGGGCAAUCGAUCUCACGCACCUUGUCAAAGAUAAGAAGGAACGGGGAGAAGUUAUUGACCCGUUGAUCGGCAGAUGUAACGAAAUGCGUCGCCUUAUAGCUAUCCUGUCAAGACGCAAGAAGAAUAGUGCUGUUCUCCUCGGCGAUCCAGGCGUUGGAAAAACCGCCAUUGCUGAAGGCCUAGCCCAAAGACUUGUUGAAGGAGUCUUGAAAGUUGGUACUGGGAAUCCUAACAGAAAUCAGCCUGGCGUCGUUCAAGGCCUGGAUCAGAGUGUCGGACGCACCAUGCAAGUCCCAGAGUCGGUCGUUGCCCGGGUGUUUAAUCUAGACCUCGCAUCAUUACUUGCAAGCACGGCAUGCAAGUCAGCUUAUGAACAGAUUGUCAAGAUGAUAUUGGAUGAGAUUGCACACCAUGAGGAAAGGGGUAUCAGGGCCAUCAUUUUCAUGGACAAUCUGAACCAGAUCACCAUAGGAGGGUACCGCGGCGAUGGAACCGGUCUGGACGCUGCCACCAUUAUGAAGCCAUUCCUUAUGAAGGGAAAACUACGUUGUGUUGGGUGUUCAACUGUCGAAGAUUUCCGAAUGUAUAUAGAAAAGGAUGGCGCAUUAGCUCGUCAAUUUUCGCCUAUUUACGUCUGCGAAUCCACUCCAGAUCAAACAGUGGAAAUACUACGGGGAUUAAGGGACCCCCUACAGCGUUUUCACAAGAUUGCCAUUUUGGAUGAUGCCCUUGUAGCAGCAACCACGAUUGCUACACAGUUCUUCGCACAUAAAAGACUGCCAGACUCGGCGAUAGAUCUAAUUGAUGAGACGUGCGCUCAGGCCAACCUUGCACGUAGUACCAACUCAGAAACAGUGUGGAGGCUUCAGAGGAGCAGAGUUGUGCUGAAAAUGGACAUGCGUUCCUUGGAGCGGGAGGUUGACGAGGAAAGCGAUCGAAGGCUGCUUGAAGCUCAAACUAAACUAUACAACCUUGAUCGAAAGAUCGAAGCAUCAAGCUCUUUGAAACGAGCUCGCCGAAUUAUACGUCGCAAACUGAAAGAAGUCGACGAGAAGAUCAGGACAGAGGAAGAUCGAUUCACACUUGGUUCAUUUAACAAUGAAGACGAAAGACAAAGGGCCAUAGACAGAGUCCGGGACCUUGGGAUCGAUCAAGACAAUCUGCGAUACCAACUAGAGCAGGCCGAUUCCGAGACAUUCGCUUCAAAUUUGGAUGAAUUCGAAAAAAACAGCGACCCGAUUACGAAGGAGAUGGUUGCAAAGACCGCCAUGUAUUAUACCUUUAUUCCUGCAGCUGAAACUCUUGAUCCAUCAGAGAUCCUGAAGGUUGCGGACAGGCUAAGCACAGUGGUGGUUGGCCAGCCGGAGGCUGUUGAAGCUGUCGCGAACACAGUGCAAUAUAUGUGGGCGGGCUUCAAAAAUCCACGAAGGCCUAUUGCAUCGUUCCUUUUCGGUGGUCCAUCAGGGUCCGGGAAAACGCUGCUCGUGAAGGGACUUUCCGAGAUCGCACUUCGACAAUCUGGCAAGUUGCUACGCAUCAAUGCCAGCGACUACGUCGAACCGCACAGUCUCACGCGUCUGAUUGGAACUCCCGCAUGCACGGGUUUCGACCAUGGUGGUCAGCUGACUGAAUGUGUCAGACGAAAGCCAUUCUCUGUCGUGCAUAUUAAAGACAUCGAGCGGGGUUGCGUGGAAUUCAGGCUGCUCAUACAGACCAUCCUCGAUGAAGGAACAAUCAAAGAUGGCGAUCGGAAUGUUGUUGAUUUCACCAAUUGCAUCAUCGUCAUUUCGACGAGUCUUGGCCAAGCGAGCGUGGGGCGCGCUAUAUCGGAAGAGACGGAACGCAAGCGCUUCAUGAACGAGAUUGAGAGCCAUUUCCCCGGCGAAUUUCUGUCACGCCUUGAUAAAAUAGUGAUAUUCCGCCGUAUGUCUGGAGCCACCCUGGUUACAAUAAUCCACGCUCGCCUGGAGGAACUGAGAAAGCAAUUGUCCCUUAUCAACCUCCAGCUGUUAGUCCAUGACGCAGUGAAGAGUCGUCUACAGUUCCAGGCUGCGUUGAUCCGUGUAGGCUGCGCACGAUGGUUAGAUCGAUUGAUUCGAUCAGAGAUCCUGGAACCCCUCGCAAAGCUCCUCCUCAAGAACGAUGUGCCUGAAAAUAAGAUCGUUGUCUUGGCCAUUGACGAAGACAUACGGAAAAUAACAGUCAGGCUUGUUGAGGGGGGACCUCCUAUACCAAUCACGGAACCAAUGCCAAACUCGCCUGUGCCAUCAUCGCCUUCUGCAUCUUACUGCAGCUUCGACACAGACGAGCAUUGGGAGGAUGGAUCUACAGAUUCGCAUAGCGUAGACGAAGAAGAGGAUGAACACCAUUAUGAGAGCUGGGCACCGCGCUCCCUGCGACCAUUGGGUCCCCCGGCCCUUAGCCCACUACCACAGAGGCUAUUCUGAGCAGUAUCGUAGCAGUUGAUACGGGUAUCACGAACUCGAUGUGGACGUACGACAGUUUUGUACAAUGUAUUAAAUAUUCGUGGGAUCAACACGCCGAAUACGCGCAGUAUCCGGGUAAUGAAUCAAAUUUCUGUUCCCCCGGUGGCCACGCUGGCUGCUGGUUCAUUUGGCGAGAAGCCUGUACACGACCAAAGUGUUU